CAUGUCGACACCGGUCUAGUCUGUGGUCGUGUGCUAGAGGCGAGGGGCGGAUACCUGCUCGACUGCACACACACGCACACGCACACACCCACACAUACUCACUCUCGCUCGCACUCGCACACACGCACAUCGUCUCCUUCUACACAUAAGCACAUACACAUACCUACAUCCAUGUUUAUAAAGUAACACAGUCAAUCCACACGAGCAGGUGACAGACCCCAAGGGUGCGAUGGCUUCACCGAGGAUAAAAUUUCCCCAUGUUAAAAGAUACAAAUUAUUUAUCUUCUGGUCUGCAAUUAUACUGGCAUUCACAGAAAUUCAUCAGUUUGGACCAAGAUACCUACUAGAGUGUUGGAUACUCCCCAACUUAUUCUUUGACACCAAUAUCAUGGCACAAUCAAGCUUCAAGCAGUACCUUCGUUCCCUUCGGUGGACACCAAUCCCAGUGGGUGUUGGCUUGGCUUUGAUUGCCUUCCAGCAGUUCAGACACACCAGGAAGAGGGAAGCAGCAAGGCUGGGCCAGGUUGAUCCAUGUGACUGUCUGGCAGAUGAAUGGGAGGUUGAAGCAUACAAGUUAUUACCACUCCGACAGUUUUCAAAAGCAUGGGGCUGGGUGAAUGGGCUUGAGCUUCCAGAAUGGUCAAGGAAGUCUGUUUUGGGUCUUUAUGUGCGAACCUUUGGUUGCAAUAUGGCUGAGGCUGAAGUAGAAGAUUUGGGUAAAUACAGGUGUCUCUCAGAACUGUUCCGGCGCUCCCUAAAGGAAGGUGCUCGGCCUAUUGAUCCAUCAGCAGCUUUGGUGAGCCCAGCAGAUGGCAAAAUCAUGUCAUUUGGGACUGUGAACUGUGGUGCUUUGGAUCAAGUCAAGGGUGUUUCUUAUUCGCUACGGAAGUUCCUGGGACCAAACUGCUGGAGUGCAGGUGGUCCUAUGGUGGUGACCAAGAGGGAUGAUGAUGACUGUUUCCACCGCACCUGCCUUUCAGAUGGGGAGAACAAUGCCCUCUACCAGUGUGUGGUAUACCUAGCACCAGGAGAUUAUCAUCGCUUUCACUCAUGUGUUGACUGGAAGGUGGCCUUCCGACGGCAUUUCCCUGGUGAAUUGCUCAGUGUGAACCCAUCCAUUGCUGCAUGGGUAAGAGACCUCUUUGUGCUAAAUGAAAGAGUCAGUUAUGUGGGCAAGUGGAAAUAUGGAUUUUUCUCCAUGACAGCUGUUGGGGCCACCAAUGUGGGUUCUAUCCAAGUUUACUUUGAUGAGGAACUGAAAACCAAUGAUGCAUCAACAAGGAAAACAGUCUUUCAUGAUAAGUACUUUGAUGAUAGAUUAGUGGAGUUGUCUAGAGGUAGUGCUUUUGGUGAAUUUAACUUAGGUUCUACCAUAGUAUUGGUGUUUGAAGCCCCCAAAGGCACAAAAGCUUGCGUCGAAGUAGGGCAACAGGUGAGGAUGGGACAGGCUCUGUUUAGAAUACCUCACUCUUAUGUUGGGAAGACUUUAGAUGAAACACAACAUCAGGGCCCACAGAGGUAAGUUUUGGUGAGAUUAUGUAGAUGAAAGAUAUUGUGUAUAGAAGAAAGUAUUUAUGGAGGCUCAAUUUUUAAUUAUAUAGCAAUGAAAUAUAAUUAAUACAUUGAAAUAUCACACUGACUAAUGACACAGUUCAUAAUUCAGUACAAAUACCUAGAAUUUUAUGGCUUAAUUUUUUAAAAGAAAUAUUCUAAAAAAAAGCAAUGAUCAGAAGACUCAUUGUAAAUGGGAUUCUUCAAAAACUGCCAGAAGUGAAUAGUAUUUUUCCUUUGUCUUUUACCAUUUUUUUUUUUUUUUUUUUUUUUUUUUUUUUUUUUUUUUUUAAGAUAAAUUAG